AUGUCACAGCAGGAUUCCAAUUACAAGUACUUUGGGCUGCUCCUGCUCACUGUCCAGCAGGCAAGGUUUUUCAAAGCUUCAGAUGAACCUGAAAUCAAAUGUUCAGCAUGCCACUCAUGGCGCGAUACUCUCGAUCUCGAGAAGAGUCGCAGGUUUUUUUGACCACAGUAAACGUCUUCAUGAUGGAAGUUAUCAAACUCGUCGUCUGCUCUACAAUUAUUCUUUAUACUAACCGCUCAAUUUUAAAGUGGGUAAAUCCUUUCCAUGUGUAUUUGACAGAAGCUGUGAAAAAGUAUUUAAAAAAGAUGAGUUCGAAAUUUUUCUCAAAAAAAAUUAGUAGCCUAAGAAACUUGAGGAUUCGAAAGUCGGAAAGGGAUACUUGAUAGCUUUAGGUAAAACCCAGGUUUGAAAACUGUUCGAUACUUUAGUUCCUAAUUUAACAAAACCUGCCUGUCGCCUUUUCUGAACGUGAUGAGCUUGAGAUUCAUGAACGAGCUGCACUCUGCUAUCAUCGCCAAUCCUCUGGAGACGCUCAAGGUCUGCGUUCCGGCCAUCAUCUACACUCUGCAAAACAAUCUGUACUACGUGGCGUUGAGCCACCUCGAAGCCACGACUUUCUGCGUUCGUUUCUUUUUGCAUUCCUAACAUGCUUUGUGGAUGGGGCGAGCAAACAGAUGCGGUCACUUGAGUGUAGUUUAGAUCGCGUAUCAAAUGAAAAUCUUCACCACCGCCAUCUUCAUGUACUUCUUCCUGGGCAAGAAGCUCUCGAGAAUGCAGUGGAUGGCUCUCCUCCUUCUCGUCAUCGGUCAGUAAAUCCUCACGCUUCGUAAAUUUUGAGAAAACGAGCCACGAAAUUUUUCUCCAUGUGUAACGCCCUCUUUCAGAACUUUCUGUCACAUAUAUUUCAUUCAAAAAGUCUGUUCAUGCUCUACUUACGAGUAUCAUACUUCGAACAAUGGCAACAGUUACAUAUCUCAGAUUCCUCAGAACUGCGAGUCGAAGACGUUGUUCGUCAGAGCGCUUGAAAUAUUUUUGUGAGGAUCUCAUCCACCAAGAAUUUAUAACAGACUGACUAGUCUUCGGCUUAUUCAUUUCUAACCGGAAAAGUAGAAGUCGUAUGAAGUAAGCACGUGAAUGAGAGUUUAAAGGAAUUGGAGGCCUUUUUCGAGUUAUUUUGGUGAAUAGGAUAAACAAAUAUAACCCUAGAAAACGUGAAGCGCCCGGUGUCUUUAGGGUUUUCUGAUCUAUUAAUUAAUUGCUUGAGUGGUAUUAGGGACUUUAGUGUUCACUUGAAUUGAAAGAAAAAGGGUUGGAAUAAGAUUUUGUGAUAUUACAUUUUUGAUGCUGGUUCAACGAUGAAUAAAGUCGAACAGAUAAAAAAAAACUUUGAAAUUUUCAACUCGACUCUUCUAGUUUCCCGACAAAAACGCUGAAAGUAUUUUUUUUUUCAAUGUUUCGUUGACUGUAGACAAUUAAAUACCUUGAAAGCGAUACUUAUAAACUUCUGACAGGAGUCGCCGACGUGCAGUUGGUGUAUUCCCCGCCACCGCUCUCAGAAAAAGUAAUCCAGAAGCCGUGGGUCGGAUUCCUGUCGGUGCUCACAAUGUGCUUCACAUCGGCGUUCGCCGGUUUGUUCCAUUUCUCGCCAAAAACUGAAUGAAUUACAGGAGUAUACCUAGAGAAAGUGCUAAAAGAGAGCCGCGCUUCAGUUUGGGUUCAGAACGUGCGGCUUUCCCUCAUUGGUUUACCGAUUGCUUUUGUCUCUAUGUGGCUUUACGACUGGGAUAAUAUUCUCGAACGUGAGCUUUUUCCGCUAAGUUAUUUUUUUUCCAAUUUCUAGUGUUGGUCUAGAAAAAUACUGGAACAUUAUUUUUCGCACAUUUUUCAUAAAUAUUACCGCAUACAUCACCUUAUUAUUUCUACAGUUUUUGGAAAAACCUAUUAUUAUUACAAUUGUUUUUCCCUUGUACAUUCUGAACUGAUACGGGAAAAAAAAAAUCCGACUCUCUAUGCCUCUUGCAUUCUCAGCAGUUUAAAUUAAAUUUUUCGAACCGCGAUUGUGAGAAGAGAGCUUAGACAAACCAGAUUGUUUAAAGUGGUAGCGAUGGUGCAACUCAGGACACAAAUUUUUCUUCGACAAUAAAAUAUUUGUGUGCGUCAAAAAUAAGUUCCGUGUUUAAAGUGAUUCCGCGAAAUUCAAAAUAAUCGUUAGAGGAAGAAAAAGAUAACUCAAUUUCAGAGGACAGAGAUAAUUUUGCAUUUCGCGUAAAUUACUUUAAACACGGCAUAGUAUAUGUUUAUUAGUUCAUGGGACGACAGAUCAUGUUUUGAACGAUGAAAAGCAAUUCUUAAACUGCUGGUAUUUACUUGUUUGUCUUUAUACGAAAACCGUUUCUUGUUGAACAUAGGAUUUCACUCUGUCUAUUGAAGCUGCUAUUUUCUCUUGGUUUUUUUUUGGUUCUGGUCUUUCUUGUCCGGUAGCUUCCGGCGCAGAAUGUGUAACUCCAAAGAAGGACACACCGGUUUUGACACCCAGCUUUUCGGCCUUUCUGUUUGUGUAAGUGUGAGUGUGCUCUCAGAAGAACCGCGGCUUCGGCUCUCUUUGUGCAUGGUCUCCAUGUUUGUGCCUACAUCGUCGUUCAAAAGUUGUUCUUCUUCCUGAGAACGUCACUUCUAAUUUUGACACUCGAAAAGCAAGGUUCAUCAAUCCGUUAAAAGCGUCACAAGAAAGCAAUUGAUAAAAACUACCCAAAAGCUUUUUUUUAAGUAUUAAAGAAGAAAUAAUUUUUGGUUAGACUUUUAACAUUAUUUCACAGAUGGAGCUUUCCGUGGAUGGGACGUUCUCGUGGCCUCCCUCACGCUGACGAACUCAAUGGGCGGUCUGCUUAUUUCCAUCGUCAUUAAAUACGCCGACAACAUCUUGAAAGCGUAUGCUCAGGUACGCUUUCGAAGCAAUGCUAAAAUUCUCAUUCUUUCCUUUUUUGGUUCUGUAUUUGAAAAAAAAAUAUACAAAAUUUACGAAAAAAAAAUUCAGAGCAUGGCGAUCAUAGGUGCAGCUGUGGGAUCGUGGCUUCUGUUUGACUUCACUCCUGGUUUCUUCUUCUUGUUUGGAACUACUAUGGUCAUCUGUUCCAUCAUCAUGUACACUAUGUUCCCAUAUGUUAAGCAAAACAAUACAUACUCCCCUUUGAACACAAAACCGGAUACUUUGUUAAUCAUCAAGCCCGUUGAUAUUAAGCCUUCGAAUGUUUGA